CAACAAUCUGUAUUUCCCACUAGAAAAAGCGAGUCAGUUCGAACAAAACAAUGUUAGCUCAGUUCAGCUCAUCUAUGGCUAUGCGGAGAGCAAUUCAAAGGAUCCACACUCUCGUUGAUGCACCGCACCUCAAAAGCUUCUCUCUUAACGCACCCAAAAGUGUAGAUGUGGAGUAUGCAAAUGGCAUCAAGUUUAGCUUGUCAGCAGAGUUUUUGAGAGUUUACAGCCCUGCUGCUGAUGGCAAGAUUCGGUCAAUCGGCGGUGAAAAGGUUAUAUCCGGAAGACGCCAUGUCGGGAUAAUGUCUGCUGAACCUGUAGGAAACUAUGGGGUUAGGUUAGUUUUCGAUGAUUUGCAUAAAACCGGAAUAUAUUCUUGGGACUACUUCUAUAAUCUUGGGAGCAACAAGUUUACCCUCAUGAGAGAUUAUAUCAAAUCAUUGAAGAAGCAUGGACUCAGCCGGGAUCCAUCUAAAAGGAAGUCAUCGAAAGACCUCUGAUUACCCGAGUUAGUCCCUCUAGAACACUGUCUUAAUCUCUUAGUCAGGAUCAUCUUUGUGUUGCUUGGUUUUUUCGGAGGCUCGGAUAACGUAAGUAUUCUUUUGAGGAGCAUUCAUCAUUGGUUUAGUUUCUGGACUCAACUUGUUUUCCAGGUAAAAGAGGGAUUGUUCGUCGAAACAAAUGAUUUGCUUUCCAUCUCGAUAUUAUUGUUGCUUCCCUUUUCUUGUGGACUGAGAAAAUGCGAUGUUUUUUUUAACUUAAUUGUUCUUUUUAUAUGUUUAAUGAAAGGAGAAACUGCUAUUGUAUAUGUUUCCAUUAGAUUGUCUAAAUCUGAAUACUAAUAAUGAAUAUCAUGUUGAUGUUGU